AUGGCUUCGUUAAAAGUGUAUUCAAUAGGCCGGUUAGUAAAAUGUGUAACAGAUUCGACUCUGAAAAAUUUAAGGACAAAUUACUACAGAGGUUCUGUCCGCUGCUAUAGCGUAGAAGAAAAAGCUGCAGAAGAUCCUGAAAAACAGAAUAAACAGUUGCCAAAUACUGUUGAAGAAUGCCAUAAACUGAUAGAAACUCUUACUACAGACCUUAAUACUAUCAAAGAACAAUCUAAGGACUUUGAAGAUAAAUACAAGAGAUCACUUGCCGACUGCGAGAAUGUAAGACGCAGAAUGAUGAAGCAAGUGGAAGAUGCUAAGUCAUUUGCGAUACAGAGUUUCUGUAAGGACUUACUUGAUGUGGCAGACACCCUCUCAGCGGCAGCAGAGAGUGUACCAGAAGGUGCUGAGGCUGGUGCAGGAGCUGCAUUAAGAUCGCUGGCAGAUGGAGUCAAGCUUACGAGAGCACAGCUUUCACAGGUUUUUGCCCGACAUGGGCUUGUAGCUGUAUCGCCUCUUAAAGAAAAAUUUGACCCUAACUUACAUGAAGCACUCUUCCAACAGGAAGUGGAAGGCGCAGAAGCUGGCACAGUAGUGACUGUGAGCAAAGUUGGUUACAAAUUACACGAGCGAUGCGUGAGACCCGCAUUGGUUGGUGUAGCCAAGUGA